UCAUUGCCCAUUGGGUUUUGCAUAUUUAUUCACCAUUUUGUUAUGUCAUACGUGUACUUGAAUGUAAAUUACUUUUCCACUCUUCCAGGUAUGUGUCACAAAUAUGGAGGAUGCUUUUGAACAAUUUGAAGAAGUUCUGAAGCGUGUAAAGAAAGAAAAUUGGGAAAGGGCAUACAAGAUAAAGGACUGAUCAAUUGGGUGCGCCAACUACUAUGCCUGGGGAACUCGUUGCAGAAGUUGCACCAGUGGUUCUAUGCUUGGAUUUCUUGUUGCAGCUGGAAAUGUAUAAUGGAUCCAAAUCAAACCCCAAGAAAGCAAGUAAAACCAAUUGGUGGUCUUCACAUGAUUCUAAAGUUCAGAUUUUUACUCAACGAUGAUGUGCAAGAUGGACUGCUUGGG